AUGGAAAUCAAUCAAAAAGAGCAAAAAAUCUGAAUGCAAUCCAAAGCGAAAAAUCCAAUUAAUGGAGGCCAACAAAAAAGGAGUGUUGUGGUUAUAGGGUUCCAAAAGAAAAUUAAUCAGAAUUUGAAGAGAUUCUGCAUGUCAUGUGAAAGAUGCACAUCACACAAAAUGGAGUACAUAGGGGAAAAGAAAGGAGAGUAUCAUUAUUCAUAG